AUGCAUUUUGAGCCACAGUUAAUUUUAUUUUCGUCCUCCUUGCAUUCUUUUAUUUGCAACUCUCACAUUUUACGUUGGCGCCAUUAUACUUGUGCAAUCCCCGAGCUACAAACCGUGCGGAUGCUAUGUUUCUUUCUUUUUUCUUUCUUUCUUUCUUUCUUUCUUUCUUUUUUCUCUCUUUCUUUCAUUUCUUUUUUCGCUUUAAAUAUUUUUUCUUUGUUUUUCUUUCGUUUUUCUUUUUAUUUAUAUCUUUUUUCUUUCUUCCAUUUCGUGUGUUCAUUUUUUACUCUUCCUCAAGUUUUAUCACCUUACAUAUUUCAUUUUCUUUUUCUUUCUUUCUUUCUUUCUUUCUUUCAUUUUAUGCGUUUUCUUACUCUUCCUCAAUUUUUUCACUUUAAAUAUUUCUUUCUUUUUUUCUUUCUUUUUUCUUUCUUUCUUUUUCUUUCUUUUUUCUUUCUUUCUUUUUCUUUCUUUUUCUUUCUUUUCUUUCUUUCUUUUUCUUUCUUUUUUCUUUCUUUCUUUUUCUUUCUUUUUCUUUCUUUUUUCUUUCUUUUUCUUUCUAUCUUUUUCUUUCUUUCUUUUCCUUCGUUUUUCUUUCUUUCUUUCAGUUCAUUUUUCUCUCUUUUUUUUUUCUUUAUUUGUUCCUUUGCUUCUAUCUUUAUUCAGUUAUUUAAUUUCCUGAAUGUUUUCUUUUCUUAUCACGUGUUCUUUCUUUCUUUCUUUCUUUCUUUCUUUCUUUCUGUUUUCACAGUUUAUUUGUCUAUUUGUCCUUUUUUUAUCUUCUUACUAAUGCCCCGAAGAUGUGUUUUGUUACUCAAUAUUGAACAACGUAACGUCAAUAAUAUAUCAUUUUUCUUUUCUUUCUUUCCUUCUUUUCUUCUUUCUUUCCUUCUUUUCUUUCUUUUCUUCUUUCUUUCCUUCUUUUCUUUCUUUUCUUUUUCCUUUCGUUUUACCCAUCUUUUUUUCUUUUCUUCUGUCAUACUCUUCACACACUUGAUUUAUCCUUCUUCUUUUUCUUCUUUUAUUAUUAUUAUUAUUAUUGCUUUUUAUUUCUUUCUUGUUUUUUCUACCUGUUUUUCUUCUUCGUCUUAUUUCAACCAUAUCUUUUUUUUUAGUCAUUCUUAUUAUUUCUGUUUUGAAAAUUUUCUUUACUUCUUUUUUUCUUUUCUUUUUCUUUUCUUCUUUUUUCUUUUCUUCUUUUUCUUCAUCCCUUCUUUUAUUUCAUCACCAUCAUCUUUUUUUUCUUUCGUCAUAUUCUUCACAUACUUUAUUUCUUCUUCUUCUUCUUCUUCUUCUUCUUCUUCUUCUUCUUGUUACUAUUAUUAUUAUUAUUGUUCUUGUUGUUUUUAUUUUUAUUUUUUAUUUCUUUCUUUUUCUUUUGUUCAUUCUUUGCUUGUUUUUCUUCAUUUUUAUUUUUCGAUUUUGCCAUCUGUUCUUUUAUUUCAUCACCGACAUCUUUUUUUCUUUCUUUUGUCAUAUUUUUCACACUCCUGA